GACAUCAUCUCCCUAGUCCCUCCCAACCCGCGCGCCAGCCCAACUGCCCAACGAAGCUAUCCUCAUGCAAUGCAUAGAGGGCUCCAUACCUGUCUCCUCGAGCACAAGGAUCGCCGUGGUGACCGGCGGGAAUAAAGGGAUCGGGCUGGAGGUCUGCCGGCAGCUAGCCGCCGCCUCCACCAGCGGCCUCGCCGUCGUCGUCGUCUUGACGGCCAGGGACGAGGCGAGGGGCGCAGCUGCCGUCGGGAAGCUCAGAGGCCUGGGGCUCUCCAACGUCUUCUUCCACCAGCUGGACAUCACGGACGCCCCGAGCAUCGCUCGGCUGGCCGAUUUCUUGAAGUCCCGGUUUGGGAAGCUGGAUAUCCUGGUGAAUAAUGCCGGGUUUGUUGGCCUUGAGUACAUCCAAGAUCGUAUAGAUGGCACUUCAACGACGAGCGAGGAGUUUUGUGGCAUGGACAUGGACAAGAGGCUGGAGCUGCUGCUGAAAUGGUGCCUCCGGGAGACUUGCGAUGCUGGGAAGGAAUGCAUGAGGAUAAACUACCACGGCACGAAGCAAGUCACCCGAGCACUCCUGCCACUGCUGCUGGCCUCCGACAGCGGAAGGAUCGUCAAUGUCUCCUCGGUGCUUGGGCAGCUCAGGGUUCGUACACGAAUCUAUCAAUCCAGUCGUUCCCUUGUGCUACCUCUUUCAGUAGGCUUGCUGACGGGUCGAGUGAGUCCAUGCACGCAGUUUUUCGGCAGCGAGGCGCUGAAGCGGGAGCUGGACGACGUGGCGAGCCUGACCGAGGAGAGGCUGGACGAGGUGGCGGGCGCGUUCGUGGCGGACCUGGAGGCCGGCGCCGUGGAGGCGCGAGGGUGGUGGCCCGCCGGGUUCUCGCCGGCUUACAUGGUGUCCAAGGCGGCGCUGAACGCCUACUCGCGCGUCCUGGCGCGGAGGCACCCCGCGCUGCGCGUCAACUGCGUGCACCCGGGCUUCGUCAGGACCGACAUGACCGUCAACUUCGGCAUGCUCACGCCCGAGGAAGGCGGCAGCAGGGUGGUGGCCGUCGCUCUGCUCCCCGACGGCGGGCCCACCGGCGCCUACUUCCAGGAGCGCCAGCAGGCGCCGUUCGUGUGACGCGCUCUGCCUCUGCUCUGCUUCCUUCACCACCCGAUGCUUGAUAGCUAUGUAUCUCUUGAAGUUUUCGCUUGAUAAUAGUUGAUACACAUUCAAUCCCCGCGCGUAAUCUCUCCGUUGCAAAAAUAAUGGAAUCCUAAGUUUUGGACAAGUAAAAAUUUCUCAACUUUUGAUCAA